AUGGUCAAGCCUACUUACAUCGCUGCAUUUGCUGCUCUCGCCACAGCCAAAGUCGCCCCCAGCGUCCACCGCCACUUGAAAUCCAAUGAGGACGUGGACGUUGUGAUUGAAUUCAAAGGAGGCAAUCAGCGCGCCCUGGAAGACGCCCGUCGUGAGCGGGCUAACUUUAACGAUCGCGGCUCGAGCAUCGCCCAUGUGCGCUCCCUCUUGGAGAGCAACAUGGAGACGUCGCAGCGCGCGGCUAGAGAGCUGUUGUCGUCGCAGCCCAAAGCCUUGACGACCCGUGUCGAGAGCUACUAUAUCAACGGCAACAUGCAUGUGUACGGCGUCAACCGCGACGUGGUGGACGAACUCGCCAAGUUGGACAAUGUGGCUCGCAUUCGUCGUCCGGUCACGGCGCAAGUCAGUUCAGUCACCUCCGAGGACGACGAAUCUGACGUGGGAAUUCCUCAAGGAUGGGCUGACAACAACACAACUUCUGCGAACGAAUGGGGUAUCGACCUCAUCAGCGCCCCUGCGGUGUGGGCUAAUGGCAACCGUGGCGAAGGCAUCGUGGUUGGUAUAAUCGACACUGGUGUCUUGCACACCCACGACGACUUGAAGGGAAACUGGCGAUCCACCUACGGCUGGUUCGAUGCCAUUGAAAAGUCCCCAACCCCUAUCGACAUUGACGGCCAUGGCACCCACAUCGCGGGCUCAGCUGUUGGCCAAAACGGCAUCGGUGUAGCUCCGGGUGCCACGUGGAUAGCUUGCCGCGGGUGCUUGACCCCCGCCUAUUGCGCUGAAGAGGUGCUCAUUGCAUGUGCGCAAUGGAUGAUGUGCCCGACGGAUGCGACGGGCAAAAACCCCAAGUGCGAGUUGGCGCCUGACGUGAUCAACAACAGCUGGGGAGACGAAGUGAAUUCUAAUGCAUACCAAGCCGUCGUGGACGCGUGGCGCGCUGCGGACAUCAUUCCCGUGUUUUGCAACGGCAGCACUGGUUCUAAAUGCUCAACGACGUGGACUCCAGCUGGUUACAAGAAUGUCAUUGCGGUGGGUAACCUGGGCUUCGACGACAAGCUGUCGCCAAAAAGCACUCGCGGACCAAUGGCAGACGGUCGAAUCAAGCCCGAUGUGUCGGCUCCCGGGACUCAAAUUCUUUCAGCGUCGAACACUGGUAAUUCGGAAUACAAGAUCAAGUCGGGCACGUCCAUGGCGACUCCUCACGUCGUUGGUGCCAUUGCCCUCUACUUGUCUGCCAACAAGGGCGCCAAGUACGAUCAAGUGUACAAAGCGUUCACAACCACUGCAGACACUGCCACGUUGACUCCAAACAACCAGAACUGUGGGGGGGUGUCGGAUUCCAAGUACCCCAACAACAACUACGGGUUUGGACGCAUCAACGUCGCUAGUGCAAUUGGUGGUGGAGUCGCCCCCCCUUCCAACACCACCUCUGCCCCAUCGCCGUCAAAGCUCCGCAACACCACCUCUGCCCCGUCGCCGUCAAAGCCCCGCAACACCACCUCUGCCCCAUCGUCGAAGCCCCGCAACACCACCUCUGCCCCAUCGCCGUCGAAGCCCCGCACGUCAAGUCCAUCGAUAUCGGACCCCGCCACCCCGUGCGUCGAGGAAGCCCAGCACAUCAAAUCCUUCGAGCUCCGCAACCAGUACCCGCC